AGUCGCACUUGAACACCCCUGCUGACGCCAUGUGGUUGUUGCGGGUGAUAUUAUUUCUGGAAGUGAUAUUCUUUGUAAAAGCUGAGUUUGGUACGCCAUAUUUGAAAACUUCAGGUGUGAACUGUCCUGUGAAUAGUACUAGUGAAGUUGAUGCUUGCAACCCGGUUUCUACGACUGCUGGUAUGAACUAUAUGUUCACUCAAAGUCGGUACAAAGAUUUGGAGAAGAAUUUGGCUAAAGAACAUCGCCCUGCAUGGUUUAUGAGACAGUACUUUGAUAGAAAAUGCUGCGACGUGCCGAGAUUAAUCAACUACACGGUUUUAUCGGAAUGUGGGUUCAGUACUUUUCUGAGAUACUACGAGAACGAACCUAAUACGACUGAAACACAGAAGUAUUAUAUGGUGACUUCAAAACCAAAGACAAUAAAAGAGAAUAUGCCUAAAGUGAUGCCUAUAGGUGGAGAGAAUUUUGAAGACCCAUUAGAAUGCUGCGAUAUGGAAUCUUUCAUUGCAUCAUCCUGGAGGUCGAAAUGCGGUUUUCAGUUGAAAUGGGAUGGUGUUAAAAGAUUUAAAGUCGAAGAUCAAGACAUGGUUCCUACUACAUUGGCAUCCGAAACGACUACUUCUAUUCCAAUUAAUAAAGAUAUAAGAGUUGUGCCGCUAUCCUGUGACAAAGAAACAUGUGUCUUCCAAAAGCUGAAAGUUAUAUCAGAAUCGGGUACAGUGGAUAUGGAUGCGUUCACUAAAGUGCUAGAUAAUUUCACAACUUUACACCCUUCGUGGAGAAAAGCGAAGGCUAGAGUGAUAACACAGUGUUUAACCAGGAAGAACAAUGAAUAUAGCGCUGGUUGUGAGAUAAAUGAAGUGCUCGGUUGUACACUAGACGUAUUUUCUGAGAAUUGUCCUCACAAAAGCAAGAAUGACUUUUGCAGGCACUCGAAGCGAAAUAACACAGUUUGUCAGAUAUCUGCUUCCAAAUAUAGACCUAAAAAUCGUCGUUCCGUCUGCGGUCUUCCUCAUUUCGUGGACACCGAUAUACUGACUGAAUGUGGAGUUACAUCUAUUAGUCAGAUAGAAUAUGUUCCUGAAAAUCCAGUUAAAAAUACUAUAAAUGAAUGGAAAAAUGACAACACGUGUCAAGAUUCUUCUCAGUCAACAUUGUGUAUGAUGCGUGAAAUGGAAAUACUGAACAAAUACGGCUUCAUGGAUUACUUCAAGUUAAAUGAUAGGAUUAGAUCGUUCACUGCAAACGAUUCAGAGUGGACACCGAUCGGUAGAUUGUUGAUGAAUGUACUCACAGCAUUACCACUAUAUGAACAUUAUUGCAGCUCGCCUAAGAGGUUUAUGAAUGUCAUCGAUGCUAUGAUUAUGACUUGUCCAAUCUCCAGACGAAAGAACACACCUCCAUGCAAUAAGCUCUUCGAUGACGUCAUUAAAACUCCCAAAACGAAUGUCACCAAAGAGCAAUUGGACGAUAUACUACGAGAAUUCCAUCGAACAUUCUCUACAACACUGGCGCCACCAAGAGUCACAAGAGAUAUGAGAUCUUUUAGAAGAACCAAACACAUAUUCGAUUAUGGAAUACUACAAUCGAAAAACGCACCAAAAGACGUAUUACUAGAUGUAAAGUCUUCAACUAGAAUUCCUGUAAUUCUAUUACCAGUGUAUAUGCGUAUGAAUGAUACUGCGCAUUCUUUAAGACAUGAAGAUGAAGUGCUUCAGAGUCCACAAUUUUUAUUAAACGCAAAAUUGAAUUUUACACAUAAUAAAUGGGAGAGAGUUUUGAAACGAAAUAAAAAGCAUUGACUAAAAUAUUUUUUUUUCUUAAUUCUGAUCAGUCUUUUGGUGUCUGUGUUACCCAAGAUUGUAUGAUAUUAAGCAUCUUGAUAAGAAGAGGCGCUUGUGUUUUUGUGCUGACCAAUUAACACCACUUAGUCCUGAAAUUAACUGUUAAAGUUUGUUAUAACAUAGUCUAUAAUUCAAUCUUAAUUAAUAAAUUGAAAUAAAUAAUUUAAAGUAAAUUGAAAACGCUUUAUUGCUGUCCAGUUUUAAAAAGGCUAUUGGUUUCCAAGUAUAAUUGUAUAAAACUAAUAUAAUAGUGUCAGUAGCGAUAUAAAAAUAAAAAUAAUGAAUGGUGUGAAUAUUUUGCAGUAUUUACAAUAGGUAAACUGUAGAGUAGCUCAGUGGCGUAGUGGAUAAGCGCCGCGGCCCGCGAUCGUAGUCGUUAAGCAACUUUCGCAAGGGUUGGUCACGGGAUGGGUGACCGAAAAAUUAUUAUCUCGAGCUACUCCGUGCUUCGGAAGGCACAUUAAGCCGUUGGUCCCGGCUGCAUUUGCAGUUGUUAAUACCCUCCAAUCCGCAUUGGGCCAGCGUGGAGGGUCAUGGCCCAUCCUCCUUAACCAUCCAUAAGGAAGGCUUGAGCCCCUGCAGUGGGGACGUAAAAAGGGCUGGUGAUGAUGAUGAACUGUAGAAAUAAACCCCGCAUAACCGUAGCCUUUAAAAGAAUUUCUAAGACUGCAAUCUAUGUAGAUAUAUCAAUUAAGUGUACUUUGCUAGAUAUAUUGUAAUCGUUACAAAUAAAAUGUAGUUACGCAAUGAAUAAGCAUUUGAUUUCAAAAUGGCGCA